AUGGCAUCAUCAGAAAAUGAAUUUGGAGUUACUGAUCAUGGAUCACGGAAACCAAGAUCCGGCAGGGUAGGAACAUCAAAUCACAGGGCCUCCCAGAUCGUCAUCCAGCGAAAUCCCUGUGAUUUGAGAGGAAACAAGGGCGUAAAAACGUUGCAGCAAGAGUUCAAAGUUGCCACAUGGAAUGUGAGAACUCUGUUUGAGGCAGGAGAGGUUGCAAAAGCGUGUCGAGCGAUGGAUCGCUUGAACAUCCAGAUAUUAGGCUUGAGUGAAGUAAGAUGGCCUGGAUCAGGAACAACUCAAACAAUGAAUAAAAAACUUUAUUACUCCGGUAAUAGUGACAACUCCAAACACAGCAACGGAGUCGGAAUAAUUAUUGGAGAAGAACUUAGUCAGGCCGUUUCAAAUUUUCCACCAGUUUCCGACAGGAACCUGCUGAUUCAGCUUUCAGGAAAACCAAUGAACAUCAACAUCAUACAGACAUACGCUCCCACCGCAGAUAAACCCACGGCGGAACUGGAGGCUUGGCACAAAGAAUUGGAAGAACUAAUAAAAGUAAUAAAGAAGGAAGAUCUUAACUUUAUUAUGGGAGACUUUAAUGCCAAGAUUGGACAGGGCCGAGUGUUGUAUUUGGUUGGAGACUAUGGUUAG